GGCACAGUCGAUCAUCCAUCAGCGGGCCCAGCUACGGCUCUUCAUCGACUGGGCAGCCUCAACCCGGCUUCUCCUACGCACCCCAGCACUCGCCGAGCAGCCACUCGCCCACAGGAGCAGCGCCGAUUCCACGGGGUUUGGGACAACAUCCACUCCCGUCAAUGGCACCCCCUGGCUCCUAUCGCUCCUAUCAGACUUACCAGGCUCCGAUGUCAACGAUGGGCGGGCCCGUCAUGUCCAACAUUCAUCAGCCUGGCAGCUCGCUCUCGAUGAUUCCCGGAAUGGUUCCUACUGGCUACGGGGGUGCCCCUGCCAUGAUGUACCCACAUGCGCAACCACAGGCACAGCCUGAACGGCCAUUCAAAUGUGACCAGUGCGUUCAGUCGUUUAGCCGGAAUCACGAUUUGAAACGCCACAAGCGCAUCCACCUUGCCGUCAAGCCAUUCCCGUGCACUUACUGUGCCAAGAGCUUUUCACGAAAGGACGCUCUAAAGAGACACAGAUUGGUCAAGGGUUGUGAAAACAAGAGCCACGAAGCAUCUAACGAGAACCCCAGCACCUCUGACGAUGGGGCCCAGCGAAAUGGAGAGGCAGGUUAAGUCGUGACGUUUAGGGGAACCGAACCGGAUGACAGGACCGGGGGGUUGCUCUGAAUGGGGCGAGCAACUUGUACACUACUUUACGCACAAGAGCACCUUGCAACGACAAGCGAAUGCAGGAGGGCAGCAUGUGGUUCGUUUUGAUACCCAGUGGACAACGGGAGGUGCCCAAGGAUGAAGAGAUGCAAAGCCCUCCUCAGAUGAGGUAAAACAUGCACCGGUCCUACCAAAAUGGGGGGAAAAAUCAUCAGACACGCCAAACGAGAGAGUUGCCGCAUUGUUCUAGGGACUAUGAUAUUUUCGUUCCGGUGUACUUUUCUUCUUCUUUUUCCUUUAAUUCUUUUUUUUUAGUAUCAUUUUUUACCCCUCUGCUUCAUAUCAGGCGUUUAAAGAGGGAGGGGCCAGGGUUUACUCUAUCAACGAGCAAGGAUGGCCAGGCAGGGAUAUAUGGAGUGUAUAGUCUACGGGUUAUCGGGUUUAAACAAGGUUCUGGACAAGUCACGUCAAGAGCAUACUAUGGUAUGAAUGCAACUGGAGUUUUACGGGAUUUGAUGCCUAGUCAGCAGCAGUAAUAAAACCAUCUGUCAUGGGU